AAGGAAUUGGGCAGAAUGUUAGAAGAUACAGUUGAUGCAACAGUUGGAGCUUUUAAGAAAAUAAAACAACAUAUUAAGAAUAAGCUGAGCAGUGUUAAAUAUGAAAACCUCAAAAAUGACUCAUAAAUACCGAAAAUCUAAAAUCAUACAAUAUAAACUGUUAGAAAAUCAAAAAUCAAUCAAGAUGAAAACAUCUCUGAUGCCGACACAAAAACCAAAAAUAAAGACACUGGGAUUACUAACUUUAAUGCUAUUUUUGCGAAUGGGAACAACACAAGGAUCUGAAGUAGAGUCCAGAUCUGUAUGUGCCUGUUUUAGUGACGGCUUCAUCAGAAUAGACUGUGAACCCGACCACUUGAUCCUCAUCAAACGGGAACUGUUAGGCUACAGCAAGACAUGUCCAGGCAAAUGCCAGUACAAAUCACAUGGGGGAGGAUGCGAACAGGAAUAUAAGAAAGUGAGCUGGUUCUGUGAGGGAAAACAGAACUGCUUCACAGGAGUUGAAAGAGGAACUUGUGGCUCAACCCUCACUAAUUAUCUCUACGUUGAGUAUCAGUGUGUUCCUG